UAGCAUCGUCUACGUUUGGCGCAUCGGCAUGGAGCACCCCCGCCCCAUCGACCCAAAUACGCUGGUUCAGAUGGAAUAAAAAGCGCGUUUCCCCUCUCCUCUCCUCCUCCUCUUCGAUCCAUCAGCAUCUCCCGGCCACCAAUCACAGAAACCCCCCCGCAGAACCUCCAUCCACACGCCCUUCCCCGCCUAUAAAUACAGCCGCUGGAGUGCCGACCAGCCUUGGUCGCCAGAAUCGCUCAGGGUUGCAGCACAGCCACCCCCAUCCAUCCCUUCCUCCUCCGUCUUCUUCCCCCCAUCCAUUUUUAUUUUUGGAGCAGUGUGGCCAUCCGCACAUUCACUGUGUUCAAAACGUACCUGCUUGGUUUUUUUGCAUGCAUUGUUCGUCUCCCAAAAUGGUUUGCGAGACUAAAAUAGUAGCGGAUGAACACGAUGCUAUACCUGGGAGCAAAAAGGAGCCGCCCAUUAUGUGGAGCGCCACCGCGUCCGGCCCGAGUGAGGCCAAAGACGCGCGGCGGGACGCGGUCUUCAUCCGCGAGUUCGAGCGCGGCGACCAGGAGGAGGUGCGGCGCAUCUUUUACGAGGGCAUCAUGGAGAGGAUACCGAACACUGCGUUUAGGGGGAUCCGGCAGCAAAGCCAAACCCAGUUUUUCUACGCUCUUCUCACAGUAAUGUGCUUUUCUAUGACCAAAUCCUUCACACUGACCUGCUGCGCCCCGCUCGUUCUCAUGGGCGCUCGCUACUACUACAGCUGGAAAGUCAUCCACAACUAUCUGGAUCACGCCCUGCACACCGACAUGGCUGACAUUGAGGCCUAUUACAUGAAACCCACAGGCUCUUGUUUCUGGGUAGCAGUGCUGGACGGAUGCGUUGUGGGCAUCGUGGCGGCACAAGGCCGUGAGGAUGACAACGCAGUGGAGCUGCGACGCAUGUCCGUGGAUUCUCGCUACCGCGGCAAAGGCAUCGCCAAGGCCCUGGGUAGACGUGUUCUGGAGUUUGCGGUGCGCAACAACUAUGGUUCCGUGGUACUGGGCACCACAGCUGUUAAGAUGGCCGCCCAUAAGCUGUACGAAUCGCUCGGCUUCCGCCGAACAGGCCAAAGCGAUGACUACAGGCUUCCUGGUAUGAGCCGGUCGGCACUGGAGAGGCUCUUCUUCCAGAUCCGAUACAGCCGGUACCGCUUGCAGCUCCGUGAGGAGUGAGAGGUGGAAGGGAGAGAUGGAGGACGAAAGGGACAGAGAGAGGGAGCGACGACCCCCUCCCAUCCUACAUCUGAGAGCCCCUCCUCUCUUCUGACAGCUUUUAUUUAUUUCUCUUCGGCAUAAUUACAUAACUUUUCAAUUUUUCAGUCACUAACAUCUACAAUACUUAUGUUGUCUUUGUACUAUUGUUUGACAUUCCUUUUUGUUUUCCUCCAUUUUCAUUAUUAUCAAUCUGUUUUGGCAUCCUUACCAACUUUUCCUUCCUUCCAUCCGAGAAAAAUCAGUAUUAGUUAUGGACAUCACAUGAUCAACACCCUCAUUCUUCACUAUUCCCGAGUGAAUCCCCCCCCACACGCACAACACACUCUUCCCUGAUUGGUCCGCUGCAAGAUACAUCAGGCAGGUUUAGACUCAGCUAAGAGAGGAAAAGGAAUGGGGGGGACGUGGCUUCCCUGAAUAUGUAUGGUGUGUGUACUGAGUCCACACAUAUCACAUAAUUUGGCUUUCGACACCAUAUUAAAGCACAGCAAAGAGUGUGACCACCAUGGUGAGAAAGACAGAUAGAAGGAUGAGCACAGUGGGUGCAUCUUUCAUCUCCCUCACCUUUUUCUUUCUGGUGUCUUGAGCUGCCCCAUACACCAGGGGUGUCCAAAGUGCGGCCCGGGGGCCAUUUGCGGCCCGCAGCUAAUCGCUUACCAGCCCGCCACACAUUCUGCAAAAAUAGCCAAAUUGAUAGUAUUGCAAAAAUAAAAAAAAAAUUUAAAAAAAGUGGAAUGAGCUGAAAUCUAAUUAGAAAAAGUGGCAAUGUUGACACAAAGUGUCCAUGCAGGCAGUUUUUUUGUUCCUUUUUUUUUUCCAUUGCUCCAAAAAAAAAAAAAAGGACAAAAAAAUAUAUAUUUUAUAAUAACUUAUUUCUUAAAAAUUAUCACUUUAAAAUGUUUAAUGUGGAAAAAAUAUUGCAUAUGUUGUGUGGUUGCCAUAUAAAAACAUCAAAGUUUGGACAAAAGAGCAUAAAACAAACAGAAUAAUAGUUCAAACUUAAAAUCGACAGAUAUAUCGGAAGUUGAUCUUGAAAUUUAAGUGUUAAAAGAAAAAAAAAAUAAUCACUUUAUGAGUACGGAACCUUUCGGAUCUCAAAUAUAUUUAGUAGGAUUUCAUUUAACUUUUCACUGUAAUUACUCAAAAAUAUUAAUAUUUAAAAUCAAUGGUGUCCUGCAUUAUUGAUCUUUGAAGGAUUUAAUUGCUAAAUAAAGGAACUCUCCUGAAGGAAUCAAUAAAAUACUAUCUAUCUAUCUAAAUACUGCAUAUUUCAGUUUUACUAUAAAAAACAAAGUUGUCUUUGACAGAAAAGGCAUAAAACCUUAUUUGUUUUACUUUAUAUCAACCUCAAGUUGAUAUAGAGAUUUACUGUAAGCAUUAAAUAAAACAUAAUAAUAAUUUGACUUAUUUUUAACAUUUUAGUGACUGAGACCCUCUGUGCUCCCCAGGAGCCAUAAGGAUUAAAAAAAAAAAUCCAUAUAUUUUGUUAUGGUUUGAAAAUGAAAAAUAUCAAAAUAGCCCCUGCAUGCUCAAUUUUUUCUGUGUGCAGCCCUCUGUGGAAAAAGUUUGGACACCCCUGCCAUACACAAGUAAACAUUUAUUCAAAUAAUAUAAUAAUAACAAUGGUAUUACUGGACAACAUUAUUUACAUUACUUACAAACACUUAAACUAUAUGUUGCAAUAUGCAAUUAUCUGCCAGACAAAGCAACAGAAGUUUUUAAACCACGCUGACAUGGGAUAGUAGAGACAUGACAAUUAGCAAUAUAUAUACAACUUCAGCACAAUAAAGCCAGCAGUGUUCAUGAUCUAACCUAAAAUGAGUCAACUAUCAAAUGUAUACAAAUAUAAAAACGACAUCUCCCUUCCACCCGUUCACAAAACUGUCUGCAACCCUGGGCCGAGACCCUACAACCCCAUGACCACUAACCUUUGACCCUGGCCCCACCCAUUUCCCACCAUCUUUGCAUGAGAUACAACGCCUUGCUGCACUGCUUUUAUUAUGAAAGCUUACUGGGGCCCCUAGAACUUUACUCAAACCCUCAGAUCCUAUCUGGGCAGUUUGAUGUUCUGCUGCCUCCAGGUCGGAGUAUUGACUGGAUGUAUGAGUGUGUGCACACUCACCAAAAGCAUCGCUGCCUGGAUGACAUCUUGCCCGCCUGCCAAGCAACUGCGGAAUGCAAAAAGCAAUGCAAUGUGGCAUGCAUAAGUACCCAAUGUGUGCAGCACCUACCCUGUGGCGGGGAGAAAAUCAAUUAAUAUAUAUUUAUAUAUGCUAUAUAUAAAUAUAUGUGUAUGUAAAGAAAAAUUAUAGUAAAUUUUUUUAGAUUUUCAAUAAUAAUAACGUGAAACAUUUGCAUGAAAAAUGUUUUCAAAACAUGGUAAAUGCUGCCAAGUGGUCUAUACACAGCCAGAGCUUGUAAAUCUUUCAAGAGGCUACCAAUUACUAGAGAGUAAUCGUAGCAGCCGGCUAAUGGUGAAAGGUUUACUGCAGGAUCGUGACAUUCUGUUGCCGGUAGCCAUUUGGUGACUAUCAUGCUGAAACAGUGUUUCUAAAUGAGGCGAAGUGGGGUGGGUUGCAUGGACACUCGCAUGUUUAGCCACAAGCCACAGCACCUAAAGCCCCAAAAUGAACCUCCAGCUAAAUGUCAAAAUAUAUACUAAAUACAAACACGUAUACACGCUACGGGCUCUGACUUUUGUGAGUGAGCAUCCUUUCUUUAAAACUCCAUAAUGUUGUACAAAGCAAAAUGCACGAGGAGCAUCAACAAACAUGACAGAGACGUUGGGAUUCAGCUAUGUCAAGGGAAAAGCAUCCAAUUUUGAAAUGUGCCUGAGGCUUUCCAGAUUAGAAUGUAAUACCAAAAUUGUACAGAGUACACUUUAUCUCACGUAACACUGAGCAUCAUUAAACAGUAUGAAUGUCUAGAACAAGAGGCGGCUUUCGCAGAGGUAGAUUGUAAAGACGGCGGUGAGCCAUUUGCGUUAUUGCCUAUUACAGUUCUUGCAUGAUGACAUUUACAAAUGACAGUACAUUUAUUCUGAACACAUCAUUUAGAAUUCUUUAUGCACUGAAAUCAAACACAGGGGUUCAAAUAACACGCAAACUGGACAGCCUCAAGUAGCUAAAGGGCGAUUUUUCAACUGUAAAAUGCACUACGGUUUUUGUCUGUCUAUUCACUACUCGACAGGAAUGCCAUGUCAAGACCUACGCCCCUGAGAGCCUGUUUUUAGUAAUGUGUAGAAAAGGUUCUGCUGAUAUACAAUCUCACUUCUGUCAUGAGGUUUCCUUGAGUGCGCGGGUGCUUUCCAAUUGAGUUGAAAGGUGUGCUGAAUCGAGAGCCCUCCCCUAAUGGAGAGGCAUCAUUUACGUGCUCUACAAUCCAUAACACUGCACAAACUGCUUUGUUUAAAAUGAGGAAAUCCUCAACUGUGACCAAAACCAUUUUUCGAAAGAAAUGAUUACAAGGUCAGUAUGUUAACAUAAAAGUGCACAAAUGUACAGAUGCUGCAGGUUGUGAAAGGCAAUGUCCCCUAAAAAGCAUGAAUGUAAACUUGCGAUAUUAAUGUUUUUUUGUUGGUUUUUUUGCAUUUACUUUAAGGGGGCACAGAGUAAAGGUAAGUUAAGUAGUUAUUAACAUACAACAUUAGAUGUUAGAGAUCAUGUAUGAUUGUAAAUAUGCGCUAUUAUUAUUUGCCGUAUUUUGCGUCAGUGGUCUCUUAGAAAGAAGGCUGCCAUGUGGAAAUGUUCCAAUGUCUGAAGAUGGCGAGGAUCCCGGGGAGGAAUGUGGCACAUUAGCGGUUGGGGUGGGAGGUGGGGGCUGGAUAUGCUGCAACAAGGAUGACAUGGACUCCCCUCUCGCUCUCUCUUUCUCUCUCUCUCUCCCUCCACCUCUGGUGAGGAUGCCGCUUCACUGCGGCUCAUACAAAAUCGGACUCACCCUGGACUGAGGCCACAGGUGCCAAGAACACUUCAGCACUUGUAGCACAACUGUGUCUUGACUUAAAACACAGGUCCUUUUGAUUUGGCCUUUUGUUUGCUGUGUGGAAUAUGGAUACAGUUUCUGUCAUCAGCACCCAUGCAGGACACAGUCAUUGCACCAUAUUUAAGUCAUACUGACCAACAGCUAAUUUUAGGGGGUGGAAAUCCAAGGCGAAAUGUGACAGUAACAUUAUUAUUGUUUGUGUUGCCAUUUUGUGUUCAGAAUGGUUGUAUUUUCUAUUAUUUUUGAGGAAAGAAUUGUGUCCACGUGCCAUUCAGUCAAGCAAUAAAUAUGACGAAGUAGGCAAACUACAAACGACUGACAGAUUCGAUCAUAAAUGUGAAAUGCUGCAAUGAUGUUAUAUCUCAUAUAUAUCACCACUCACGAUUGAGUCUUAAGGGGUGUUUGGAUUGAAUUCUCUUUUGUAGUUUACUUUUUUUACUUUUCUGUUGGAGUAUACACAAAUGUACCUCUGCAUAUUUGUACAGAUGUCAAAAAGAAAAGGUGGAUUUGUUGAUGAUGGUUGUCCAAGCAGACAGGGAAAAGAUUGUGUCACUGCACCCUGAAAGUGUAAAGUCAUGUUUUGAAAGUUUUUGUUGAACCACUACUAUUCGGGGGGGAAAUCAACCAAAAAAAUUCAACUCUUAACUUUGUUGACUUUUCUUACGAGUAGGAUUCAAAGUCGUCUUUUGAAUCUGUAAGUCAGUAACUGUAAAGUUGUACAUUGUUUUGUAAAUAGCGUCCGAGGGCUGGUUUUUACCCACUUUAUAACAGAAGCUGUAAAUGUAAAAGAAAAUUAUAUUUUAAACUUAUCUAGGGCACUAAUUAUACAGUAAUGCAGGUGUCUUUAUCUGUAUUACCUCACAUCGAUCCCAUAGUAAUGAUUUCCAGCCACUUUCAGGGACCGGGCUGCACACCAUCUCGACCCAGGGCUCCACGCCCUCCCCCUUCCUUGUCUGCUUGAACUCUGGAGUGGAGAUGUCAAAGUGAGCUGAGCACAGUCAAAAAGCAACACUGCUCCCUUCCUUCCCACACCAGCCAUGAAAGUCAAACUAGCGAGAUGCUGCGAUGCCAUGAGGCUCUCUCUGUCCUGUCAUGACUGCUGUCUUGUUGCCAGGAAACACAGCACUGAUCUGCAGUCACAAUGUUAGGAGGCAGCCAGGUCAAAUACAUGGCCAUGACAGGGGAAUGGACAGAGGAACUAGCUGAUGGGUGGAAGGCUGGGCUUUUAAAUUGCAACUGAGGGAACUUUGUAAUUGGGGCAUAGGCGAGCUGUAGGGGGAGGUGGCGCAUUUAUGGAAUGGGGUGGAAUUUGAGGGAAAAAGAGGCCCAUCGUGACUGAAGGUAGGAAGUUAGUUGCACUUGAGGUCCCACUGACUAAUAGGGUUUGUGCAAAAGUAACGAGAGUCCAAAUGACAAAGCACAUUUCAUAUAAAAAGAUGGGAUAAGAGUGGUGAGGGGGUCAAGUACCAUGUCAGAGUAUUCAUUGCUGGUUAAGCCACUCUGCUUUAACCUCAGUGGCUGCAUUGAAUCAGUUCCCUUAAUGCCGUGCCAUCACACUGGGAAUGACACUAUGGGAUUAUGAGCCCUCUUUUUUUUUACAAUGACAACUGAACACUGUAUGGAUUUAAAGAUGGAAUUCCCUGCAUUAUGAUGAACGUGGAUGUAUAUAUAAUGUAUCAAUAAAAAAUGACCAUGCAUUGAGCUUUUA